AUGUCUCCAGGCUUUCCCUUCCACGCACCACAUGAUCAGGCGGUUCUGGAGAUAUCGAAGAAGGUUGAAGAAUUCCACGCCGCUAAGACCCCAUUCCGUAUCUACCAUGGCUCGACAUCCAGCACCCGCGUUUCCCCGUACCGUCACAACAACAUCGUCAACAUCAGCAGACUGAAUCACGUUCUCGGCGUGGAUACGACUCAUCGCGUUGUCUAUGCCGAGCCCAACGUGCCCAUGGAUCUCUUGGUCGAUAGCACGCUCAAAUAUGACCUACUUCCGCCCGUUGUGAUGGAGUUUCCGGGGAUCACAGUCGGAGGAGGCUUUUCAGGAACUUCAGGCGAGAGCAGCUCAUUUCGACAUGGGCUGUUUCAUCGCACGGUGCAGCAGGUGGAGAUUGUGCUGGGUAACGGCGAAAUCGUCGUCGCUUCAGAGUCCCUUCGCUCGGACUUGUUUCACGGCGCAGCUUGCUCUUUUGGCACACUCGGCAUUGUUACACUGCUCGCUAUCCGGCUUGUACCUGCUACUUCAUUCGUUAGCUUGACGUACAUCAGAGUGCACAGCAUCGAUGAGGCGAUAGAGAGGACCAAAGUCGAGCAAGAGAAUGAGAGGCUUGAUUAUCUUGAUGGUAUGCUCUUUGCUCGAGACAGAGGAGUUCUUUGUCUUGGCUCCUUGGUCUCUGGGCCGGUCCCAGAAACUGAAAUCAUGCAAUUCUCGAGGCCGUGGGAUGAGUGGUUCUACAUCAACGCCGAGAAACGCAGCCUGAACGAGGAGUCUUGGAAUGAAAUCAUCCCAAUCCGCGACUACCUAUUCCGUUAUGAUCGGGGUGCCUUCUGGAUGGGAAAAUAUACAUAUCGAUAUUUCGCAGUGCCAUUCAACAUGUUCACGCGAUGGCUUCUGGAUCGAUACACUCAUACUCGCCUGAUGUACCAUGCUCUUCAUCGAAGUGGCCUGUCAGAGCAGUUUGUCAUUCAGGACAUCGCCAUUCCGUACGCAAACACAUCGCGCUUUGUGGAAUAUCUCGAUACCAACUUUCAGCAAUAUCCACUUUGGAUCUGCCCUUUGCGUGUACAGGACAAAUCUGUCGACUCAACAUAUGGCCUUCUUGCUGAAAAGCGCGAUGAUGUUCCUCGAGAGGAUAUGAUGAUGAGUAUUGGCGUUUGGGGCGAGGGUCACACGGAAAUUGCAAAAGCCAUCGAAUGGAACAAAGCUCUCGAAUGCGAAAUUGAAAACUGUGGCGGGGAGAAAUGGUUAUAUGCACAUACGUUCUACUCCAAGGAGAAGUUCUGGUCCAUGUUCGACCAACAGCAACGGGAUGAGUUGAGGUUGAAGUAUCACGCUUCACAUCUACCUACGCUAUAUGACAAGGUGAAGGUCAACUACGGGAAGAAUCAGGCUUCCCGCGAUGAUGGUGUUGUCCAGUGGCUUCUGCUGUUGAUUUGGGGCAUUUGGCCAAUCAAAGGGUUGUACGGCUGGCUUCAAUGCAUUAUUGAAGAAGAGCAUCUUCUUCCUAAAAGAAAGCAGCCCGUCUUUGGUGGUUAG